AUAUUUUUUUUACGCUCUUGUUUUUUUUUUUUUUCUUUCUGCUUUCGUCUGUGGACUGGGGACGGCCGGGAAAUUGACGGCUUUGAAUUUCCGACUAUUAGUUAGUAUUCUCUUUUGGAUCAUUUUAAAAUCUUUCCCGGAAAUUCCGUUGAGAUUUUUUAUUUGCCGGGGGAGAGCUUUGGGGCCAUCUGAGCAGGAGAAGUCUUGUUGUUCUGUUUUAGACGAAAGCUGUCGAAUCGAAAUCUCCAUUUACAAUUACACGGCAGCUGAGAAUGUGGAAACUGAUAGAGGAACUUGAAUGAGCUGAACUUGCAAGUCUCUUGUUCUGUUUCUUUGUUUCUUUAUUUUUUUUUGUAGUUUCUCUCAGAAUAAUUUGAAAUGGAAACAAGCGACAGAAUUAGCUCUGAUGUGACUGUUAUAGGAGCAGAAGCUCCAUCAGCGUAUCACAUGGCCCCGAGGCCUUCAUCAGAGAGCCCUAACCACCAGUUCCUUCCGGCUCCCAUUGACGCCCCAAUGGCAGCAGUUUCAGGGAAGAAGAAGAAGAGGGGCAGACCUCGUAAAUAUGAAGCUAAUGGUACUCCUUUGCCCAUCCAAAUUUCUUCUUCAUCAUCUCCUCUUGUCAAGAAACGAGGAAGAGGCAAGCUUAAUGGUUUCGAUAUGAAGAUGCAUAAGAGGAUCGGGUUCCUUACUUCUGGUGAAAGCUAUGGAUCAAAUUUCACGCCACACAUAAUAACAGUGAACACUGGGGAGGAUAUAACGAUGAGAGUAAUAUCGUUUUCACAACAAGGACCGAGAGCUAUUUGUAUUUUAUCAGCAAAUGGAGUGAUAUCAAACGUCACCCUUCGCCAGCCUGACUCAUGCGGUGGCACUCUCACCUACGAGGGUCGGUUUGAGAUUCUGUCGCUAUCUGGUUCUUUCAUGGAAACAGAGAAUCAAGAAGGUUCAAGAGGUCGGUCUGGUGGCAUGAGCGUCUCUCUGGCGGGUCCUGAUGGUCGAGUUGUGGGUGGCGGCGUGGCUGGCCUUCUCAUUGCUGCCACUCCGAUUCAGGUGGUUGUUGGCAGUUUUGUAACGAGUGAUCAACAAGAACAUCAGAAACCAAGGAAGCAUAAAGUCGAGCCAUUGCCUCCUCCUCCUCCUCCUCCUCCUCCUCCUCCGGCUUCUGUUUUCUCAUCAGAGAGAGAGCAGACGCCAACGCCAUCUUCAUUCGGCGGUAUCUCAAGCCAGUGGAGUAACGGACAGGACAACCCGAGACACUCGGCCACUGACAUCAACAUAUCAUUACCGGCCGAGACUGAUAGUUUCCAGACCUGAUCUAGGGAUCGCUCUUUUAGGUAUCUGAUUAACUUUCUGCCUUUUCUCUAUACAUUAGGAGGAUUGUCGGAGCUGUAUGUUACUUGUAACACACACAUUCUCUCUCUCUAUCUCUGAAGCUAGUACUGCCCAAUUUCCUUUUGAUCUGAGCUUAAUUUUCUUGUGAUUGCGGAUUGAUCUGUGUUUACCCGCCCCUUUCUACUUGAUUUCUGUAUUGAUAUUUGUUAAUCAAUAUUUUUCUACAUUAUUUCA